AUGGGUUUUGUUAAGGUUGUCAAGAAUAAGGCCUACUUUAAGAGAUACCAAGUGAAGUUUAGAAGACGACGAGAGGGCAAAACUGAUUACUAUGCUAGGAAACGCUUGGUAAUACAGGACAAAAAUAAGUACAACACGCCUAAAUACAGGAUGAUAGUUCGUGUAACUAACAGAGAGAUCAUUUGUCAGAUUGCUUAUGCCCGUAUUGAAGGGGAUAUGAUAGUCUGUGCGGCAUAUGCACAUGAGCUACCAAAGUAUGGUGUGAAAGUUGGCCUAACAAAUUAUGCUGCAGCGUGUUGUACUGGCCUGCUGCUGGCCCUCAGGCUUCUCAAUAGGUUUGGCAUGGAUAAGAUCUAUGAAGGCCAGGUAGAGGUGACUGGGGAUGAAUACAAUGUGGAAGGCAUUGAUGGCAAGCCUGGUGCCUUCACCAGCUACUUGGACGCAAGCCUCGCCAGAACUACAACUGGCAGUAAGGUUUUUGGAGCCCUAAAGGGUGCUGUGGAUGGAGGCCUGUCUAUCCCUCACAGUACCAAACGAUUUCCUGGUUAUGACUCUGAAAGCAAGGAGUUUAAUGCAAAAGUACAUCGGAAGCACAUCCUGGCAGAAUUAGGAAAUAGAUUUCAGAAGUCAUACAGUAUUUACUUAACAAUUGUGGAACAGUAA